AGCCUGAGACAGUCCUUAUUGAAAUGCCUCAGUCUUAUUACAAAUUUUCUCCAAACAUCUCCUAACAUUUCCACCAUGAGGAAGACAACAGAUUCACCUCAUUCAUCCACAGAUGUGAGUGAAGGGAAGGAGAAAUUAAGACUGAAGCAAGAAGUCGGCCUGAUUAGUGGAGUGUCAUUAAUUGCAGGCACCAUGAUAGGCUCAGGGAUCUUUAUGUCCCCUGAAUGGGUACUAGAUCAUAUGAGGAGCCCUGCCAGCAGCCUGCUUAUCUGGGGAGCGUGUGGUCUCCUGGGCAUGUUUGGAGCCUUGUCGUAUACUGAGCUUGGAACCAUAAUUAAAGAGUCUGGAGGAGAAUAUAUUUACAUCUUGAGGAUUUUUGGUUCUUUUCCUGCUUUCCUUGUCGCCUACAAUUCUGUUAUCCUGGUGAGACCAGCUGGUUUGGCAGCUGUCUGUCUGAGUUUUGCUGAAUAAGCUGUUGCACCGUUCUACCCAGGAUGCUCAUCUCCACCAAUUGUCAUCAAAUGUACAGCUGCUGCCUGCAUCCUGCUUUUAACUAUCAUCAACUGUCUCAACAUGAGGCUGGCGACAUCUGUUAUGAACGUUUUUACAGCUGCCAAGCUCUUGGCAUUGCUAGUGAUCGUGGUAGGCGGACUGGUGCUGCUCACCAGAGGACAAACUCAGAGCUUUCACAGCGCUUUUCAGAACACGACCACAGGUAUCAGGGCAGUUGGAGUGGCAUUUUACCAGGAGCUCUGGUCCUACAAUGGGUGGAACAACCUGAACUAUGUAAUCGAGGAACUGAAGAAGCCUGAGGUGACCCUUCCCAGAGCUGUGAUGAUUGGCAUUCCUUUGGUUACAUGCCUGUAUUUGCUGGUAAACAUGAGCUACUUAGCAGCCAUGACUCCGUCUGAACUGCUGUCUUCAGGAGCUGUGGCAGCCACCUGGGAUUUAAUAGCAUGGUUUUUCUAUGGCAUGACUAUUUCUGGUCUCCUGUAUUUAAAAAUCAAGAAACCAGAACUGCCAAGAUCUUAUAAGGUCCCAAUUAUCAUCCCCAUAAUCGUGCUGAUGCCAGCUGUGUACCUGGUGUUAGCUCCCGUCAUUGAUCAACCCCAGUUUGAGAUCCUCUACAUCAUCCUGUUCAUUUUCAGUGGUGUCAUUCUUUACUUCCCACUGGUUCGCUUCAAGUGCCACCCUCGCUUCUUAGAGAGAGUCACUUUACAUCUCCAGUUGUUCCUGGAAGUGGCACCAACCACCUGGGAUGCCAACUGAGAUAGCGUCCUCCUGGUGUGUGGCUGCAGGCCUUCAUAGUAUCCUAGCACCUUGAUUUUCAAGGCUUAGAAGAUAUUUUCUGUAAAGAUGAAUAAGUAGAAUGAAAUUGUCACUAAAAUGUCCAGCUGAGAGACACUAGA